AUCAGCCCACAUUUGACUUCUUCUGCAUUUACCUGCGGCUGCAGCUCCCAAAGGGCGGCCAGGAGUUCAGCGCAGCCGCAGAGCGACACGCGGGACCGAGGGGAACUUUACGUUGUGUUCAGUGAACGUAAAGAGUUAUAAAGUUGUUCAUUAUGGGAUGUUGCAGCAGCGCCGAGGUGAAGCGCGACUGGAAGCCUCUGGAGGAGAGAUGCUGCACCGACGUCCCCUGGCUGAUCGUGUUCCUGCUGUUCUGCAUCGGGAUGGUGUGCGUCUGCGCCUACCCCAUCGCCACCGGCGCCACCUCCCGACUCAUCUCCGGCUACGACAGCUACGGGAACACCUGCGGCCAGAACAACAGCCGGGUGGAGGGCGUGGCGCUCAGCGGGCGCGACAUGAGGGAGAACCGGUACGUGUUCUUCUUGGAUCCGUGUAACCUGGACUUGAUCAACAGGAAGAUCAAGUCCGUGGCGUUGUGCGUCUCCAAGUGUCCGUCAGCAGAGCUGAAGACGCUCAGCGACCUCAAGAACUUCGCCCUGAAUAACGGAUCUCAUCUCUGCUCCUACGACGUUUCUCCUACGAGAUACACGAGUCACUCGGAGAGAUCCACCAAAUGUCCCAAACUGCCGGUUCCUCCAAGUAAGUCGGUGCCUCUGCUCCGCCGCUGCGUCCCGGUGGACAUCGGUUGCUAUGCAGAGUUCGCCCAGUCCUUCAUCACCUUCGUCAGUGACAACAGCGUUCUGCGCCGCGUCAUCGCCGGCGUGAUGGCCAGCAAGGAGAUCAUCAUGGGCCUCUGUGUGCUGGCGCUGGUGCUGUCCCUCAUCAUGAUGGUGGUGAUCCGCUACAUCUCUAUAGUUCUGGUGUGGAUCCUGACGGUCCUGGUGAUCAUCGGAUCCAUCGGUGGGACCGGCGUGCUCUGGUGGCUCUACGCGGACCACCGGAAAGCCCUCGACAACAACAGCCUGUCGGUGUUUGGGAAAGAAGUGGCCUCGGACAACGUGACAGCGCUGCUGGUGUACGCCAUCGUUGCCACGAUCUUCACGGUGGUGCUCCUGCUCCUCAUGUUCUUCAUGAGGAGGCGCGUGGCUCUCACCAUCUCCCUGUUCCACGUGGCCGGCCAGGUGUUCACUCACCUGCCGCUGCUGGCCCUGCAGCCCUUCUGGACCUUCCUCUGCCUCCUGCUGUUCUGGGUCUACUGGGUCACGGUGCUGCUCUCCCUCGGGGUCUCAGGGACGCCGGUGAAGAACAACUCCACAGGUGAGGUGGAGUACCAGAUGCAGGGCCCGCUCCAGUACCUGGUCUGGUACCACGCCGUGGGCCUCAUCUGGGUCAACGAGUUCAUUCUGGCCUUCCAGCAGAUGACCAUCGCCGGAGCCGUGGUCACCUACUACUUCACGAGGAACAAGUCCCAGCUGCCGGUGACGCCCAUCCUCUCCUCCAUGGCUCGAACCAUCCGGUACCACCUGGGCACUCUGGCCAAAGGCUCCUUCAUCAUCACGCUGGUGAAGAUCCCUCGGCUCAUCAUCAUGUACGUCCACAGCCAGCUCAAAGGGAAGGAGAACGCGUGUGCUCGCUGCGUGCUGAAGGCGUGCGUCUGCUGCCUGUGGUGUCUGGAGAGGUGCCUCGCCUACCUGAACCAGAACGCGUACGCCGCCACGGCCAUCAACAGCACCGACUUCUGCACCUCCGCCCGCGACGCCUUCCUCAUCCUGGUGGAGAACGCCCUGCGAGUGGCCGCCAUCAACACCGUGGGCGACUUCGUCCUCUUCUUGGCGAAGGUGCUGGUGGUGUCCUGCACGGCGUUCGCCGGCGUGCUGGCGCUGAACUACCAGCGCGAGUACACGGUGUGGGUGCUGCCGCUGCUCAUCAUCGGCCUCUUCUCCUUCCUGGUGGCGCACACCUUCCUCUCGGUGUUUGAGAACGUGGUGGACGUCCUCUUCCUCUGCUUCGCCGUGGACUCUAAGUACAACGACGGCAGCCCCGGCCGCGAGUUCUACAUGGACAAGGCUCUGAUGGAGUUCGUGGCGAGCAGUAAGAAGUCGGCUUGGUCUGCAGACGGAGACGGGCGGGAGAUGAAGUCCAUGGCAUCUGGCGGGCCUUCUGCUUGACCGGAAACAACGAAACCACUAAACAGACUUUCAGAGUUUUUGCUUCUUCACUCCAGGUCAUAAAGAUAAAGGUUUUAUACUGACAGAGUUUAUCUUGUAUUUUUUAUUUUUGAGUGAGGGUGAUUUUAAUGUAAAGUGUGACACUAAAAGUGUAAUGUGGGUCUGUGGGUGUGUUUUAAUACUAAUGUGACGCUGAGCUUCAUUUCCUCUUUUACUCAAAAUAAUGUUUCAUGUUUCAUGUUUUGCAUGUUUUACCUCUGGUCCAUAAUGAGUGUGAAUCCUGCAGUUUGAAUUAUUCUGUGGACAAAUGUUUUAAACGUGUGCUAACGGUGUCAAAGGCUGUUUGAGUUUUAUUACACAUUUUAUACUCAAAUAAAUUAAAACAUAAAGUUG